AUGUCUUUUCGGCAACAAUAUAAAGUGAAAACGUUUGGUUUUGGAGAUACAGACAAGGGUCGGUUUAUUCGCACCAAGAAACAUGAAGAAACGCGUAAAACCCAAAGAGCUGCAACGUUUAAUAAAAAUAGAGUCAUAUCAAAUUCUGCGGAAAGCAUAUCACAGAGCAAAGGCGUGCAGUUAGUCCCAGUAGUGGAGGAUCGUAUGACUAAGCUCUUAAAGUGGAAAGUGGAACGCGAAAGACGCAGAACGCUUGAACAACUCAAGAAAAAGCCACCCUUUGUUGUUGGAGUAGUUCAUCACAAAUUGUGUUCUCCAAUUAGAAAAGAUCAUAGUGCUGAUUCAAUUAUGACAUGUGAAAAGACACGUAAUCAGGCUACACACACACCUUUGUCAUCGUUUAACGAAAGAGUUACAAAAGCAACAGAGGAAAGAUUAAUGAAUAAAACACUUACAAAGAAAAUAACAAAAGAUUCCCUUAGAAAUCCAAGUGUUACAAAUAAGGAAGAAAAAUGCCAGAAAAUGGAUGUACAAGCUUACACUCCUGCUAAUUGCAAAUUCAAAACUCCAACUGGAUUGGUUCAAGUACCUUUAUUUUGCACAGUAGCCAUAACAAGUAUGUCACCUGCUAAAAUAAACGAACUUAUAUCUUCACCUUCAAGAAUAUCAAGGGCAAAUAGAAAAACUGGUACUGCAGAAUUUAACGUAGAACCAGUCAUUAACAUGGAAGGUGAUAUAUCAACAAAUGACAAGAAGAGUGAUACUGAUUAUGCAGAAAGUAGUUCUUUGAUAAAAGGUGCAUUCUAUGAUGAAGAAAAAAUAUUUAAUUCUUCUAAUAAUAAUAGAGGCAAUAAUGACAAUGAGAUAAAAUUUAGCGAUGAUAAUACAAUACAUAACAGUAAAGAAUAUAACAAGGAAGUGUACAAUAGUGAUAAGGAAGUAUUUUCUUCCUCAAACAAUAACAUAUCUAUGUCGUUAAAAUCUGAUUCUCCAAAUGAACCAGUUUUCUUUUCACCUUAUAUAGUUUCUAGCCGUGGGAAAAGCAAUGCUAGAAAAGAACAACAAUUAAAACGUGGUUUCAGUCUUGGUCACUCACCAAGUACCGAUGUUCCUACAAAAGAUACUGUCAUGAAAAAUUUAAAUAUAUCAGUUGAAGAAGAGGCACAUACUGCACAAUAUUUUCAAUUUCUUCUAAACAGAGAAAUAACCAGAUUAAAUGAAUUAUGUAAAAAAUGGACAGAAAUUAAAGCAAAACCUGAAACUACAGAGGAUGGAAAAUAUGAAAUAAGUCAAACUAUUGGCCAAACGAAUUUGUUAAUAAGCAAAAAGUUUGAAAGAUUUUGUGGAUUAGUUGCUGAUUGUGAGACAGGAAAAGGAGAAAUGUUAGUUACAUGUAAAGAUUUGCAAGGAUUUUGGGAUAUGAUGUAUAUAGAAGUAAAGAAAUGUGAUUCACAAUUUGAAAAAUUAGAGACUCUUUGUUCACAAGGCUGGAAGAAAGAAGAAUUACCUGUUGGCAAAUCCAUUGCUAAAAAGAAAUCUACUGUAAAAAGAAAUGUAUUCACAAAAUCAAGUUCUAUCAAAGCGUUUUUAGCAAAAAAGAAGCAAAGGAUGUCGCGAGAAAUAAAACAUAAUCGUGAUAUGAAAGAAGUUGAAGUUACAAAUAAUCAAAUUCUGAGUAAUAAAUAUGGAAAGGAUGAAAGCUUUUAUGUAAAAUAUAAAACAAGAAAGUCUAUGUCUAGUACACCUAAUCAAAAAGAUUAUGCACCUAUGAAAGAUGAUAAAAGAUUAAGUCCAUUGCAAAAGGUACGUUUCUCUGAAACAUUCAAGAAGAUAAAGAGUCCAUUAAUCAGAAUGGAAGUAAGUGAAGAGUGUGAAACACCAGAGGUACACUUGGAUGAUACAAUAUCUUAUGUUAAUUCUGAUCAAACACCAGGGAAAAGUAUAUUGAAGCCAUCAAAGAAUGGAAGUGUAGCAGAAUCUCAUAUGAAGUCAACAAAUAAAGUUAAUUUUGAUGAUCAUAUAGUUUUAAAUGAAGUACCAAUUGAUGAAGAAACGCAGACAAAAAUGGAUUUGGCUGCAGCAUUAUCAAGAAUAGAUAGUUUUAACUUUGAUAAUCACGGUGAAGUAAUAAUUAGGGCAGAAAGAAAACUUAUAUUUAAUGAUAAUAGUUCUGAUGAAUCUGAAGAAGAUAUUGGACAUUUUAAAUCGAAAAAUUCUAUAACACCAUCUGCAACAGUAUUACCAAGAUCAGAAUUAGUUAAAAAUCUUAGCACACCUCCACCAAGGAGAAGUUUAAGAAGACAAAAUACUUUUGAUAAAAAAUUACAAAAACAUGUUUCUAUAAGCAACAAACAAGAAAUAAUGAAACAGGAUGAAAGUAUUAGAGUUUUACGAAAUAGAACUGUCACAGCAAUUGGUACACCUAUAGCUAAGAGGAAAGCCUUAAAAGAAAUGUCUACUGCUAUCCAAGAAUCAGAACAUAAGGAAAAUAAACCUCUUUCAGGGAGAAGAAGAAAAAGUUUUAUUCAAGGCAGUAUUAAUGAAGAGAAUAAAAUGAAUUUACACAGUUUGAUUGAUAACACGUCUUUAGAAGAAAGUAAUGUCAGGAGAAGAUCCACUAGAAAUGUCAAAUUUUUGGAAAGUGAGUAUAGUGAUUGUGAAACAAGCAAACCGGUAUUACCCAUUACUCCGCAUAUUAGAAGGAGUAGGGCACAAUCUAGCGAUAGAAAGACGAGGAGUAUAAUCACAGAAGACCUUAUUUCAUGGGAAACACCAGAGAAACCUUCACAACGGAUUAGAAGGUCUCAAAAUAAAAAAGUGGAACAAGAAGAAUCGACUGGUUGCAAUGAUGCUGCAAGUUUCUGCGGUUUGAGAGAUAGAAAAUAUCCUGAUGCACGUGCCAUGGGAUAUCCGUUCGAUCGUCAGCCUCGUGCUGGUGUUGAAACUUUGGCUCAGUUCCUUACUGGAAAUAUGGCGGUAACUGAAAUAACUGUUCGCUUUUCAGAUACAGUUGUACCCAGAUCAAGAACCGGAGGCAUGGGAAACACGUUAAACUUUAAUUAA